CCGGAAUACUCGCCCUGCUUCCCUUGUGCAAGUUAGCGGCAAUAUAGCACCGCGUACUUCACACAUCGUGUGUAACACCUUACUACCCUCUACUAUUUCUCUACCUAGCCAAGCCCCUUUACAGCAAGUCUUGACUGAUUCACUUUACUUCUCCUUGGAAGCAUCAUGGAUUCUUCUCAAUCUUGCCUGCAAAUGCCCCUUUGCCGUGGAGUAAGCAUUGAAGAGCUCUCAAUCACACAACUGCAGUGUCACCUAGCAAAAGGAUCAUUUACAUCCCGGGACUUGACGCAGUGCUACCUCAGGCGAAUUGAACUAGUCAACCCGCGCAUCAAGGCCGUGAUCGAGACGAACCCGGACGCCUUGAAGAUUGCCGAUGAGCUAGAUGCUGAGCGCGAGAGGGGGAUGGUGAGGAGCAAAAUACACGGUAUCCCAUUUCUCGUGAAAGACAACAUUGCGACGAGGGACAGUAUGCAGACUACGGCGGGGUGCGCGGCACUUCUCGGGACGAUAGUGCCCAACGACGCCACCGUCGUCGCACUGCUUCGGGCAGCUGGCGGCGUGCUGCUUGGGAAAGCGAACCUGUCAGAGUGGGCGUCAAUGCGGGCCAGCUACUACUCCGAAGCCUAUUCUUCUCGGGGAGGACAGAACCGGAAUCCCUACAAUCUAGCGGAGCACCCGGGUGGUUCGAGCUCUGGGUCCGCGAGUGCGCUUGCCGCCAAUAUGUGCGCUUUCAGCAUCGGCACCGAAACAGAUGGCAGUGUAAUCUUCCCAGCUGAUCGAAACGCCGUUGUAGGCAUCAAGCCUACAGUUGGACUUACGUCGACGUUGGGUGUUAUCCCCGAGGCGCCGAGCUUCGACACGGUGGGAACCUUUGGACGGUCGGUAGAAGACGCGACGAUAGCCUUGGAUAUAAUUGCCGAUAGGAGUUCGAUUCCGGAUUCUCACGCUGAUGCGUACGAGUUUUCAGUAGCUCAAAUUGACACGACCAGGGAAUAUACGUCAUGGCUUGCCACGAAGGAUGUUCUCAAGGGCGCGAGGUUUGGUUUGCCAUCAAAAAGGAUUUGGGAGAAAGCAAGAAGCAGCGAAUCGCACAAAGCCGAAUAUCUAGCUCUCAUAGAACUCAUCAAGCAGAUAGAGGAGGCUGGCGCAGAAGUUUUCGAUGUGGACUUCCCCAGUGCCGAAGAGAUUAUAUCUCCCGACGGCUGGAACUGGGAGUAUGCAGCCGGUGUAUCCGGGUCUCAGCUAUCCGAGUUCGAAGUCGUCAAGGUAGAAUUCUACCGAAGUCUUUCAAGUUACCUCAGCACACUCGAAAACAACAAGGCGAAAAUCCUCACACUGGAAGAUGUGGUUGCUUAUAAUAUCAAACACACUGGCAAAGAGGGCGGGGUCCCUGGUACUCACCCAGCUUGGCCGACAGGACAGGACAACUUUGAUAGAUGCAUUGCUUCCAAGGAUGACGGCGAGGCAGUAUAUUUGGAAGCUCUCGAAUACAACUUGCGGAAGUCCAGAGACGAAGGUAUCGAUGCGGCAAUGAUGCAUGGGAAAGAGCUAGACGGGCUCCUUGUGCCAGUACAGGCAGAGGGAGGUGCCGCAUGCUCCGUUGCUGCAAAGGCAGGCUACCCCAUGAUCACGGUCCCAGUCGGGGUUAAUGAUAAUGGUGUACCUUUCGGCAUAGGCAUCAUCCAGCAGGCGUGGCAGGAAGCCAAGUUGGUGAAAUACGGAUCUGCGAUUGAGGAUCUGAUUCGCCAUCGUCCACAGCCCAAGUUUCUCAAUCUCGAUGCUGACAACUACACAUAUGUUGGAAACCCGCCAGAUGCGACCACGUAUUAGUCGUAGAGUUGCGUCCAUACAGUGCAUGAGCAGCAGGGGACUUUAGACGGUCUUUUCUACUACAUAUCCCAUAUCACCAAUGCCAUGACUUGUGCCAUCAGCUGCCCACUAUCCACUAGUAGCCAUGGCCUGCUCUUAGUCUCUGAAUAUCAGAGGACAUCAUCUAACCGUAUGAUUCAUGUUGGGUCGUAUAACCUUUGAGAGGAAGGAGGCACAAGAUAGGAAAUCAUGCCUGCCACAUAGAGACAUUCUAUGCCAUUCAGUACAGUGUCUAUCAUAGUUUGAACAAUACC